AAUUUAACUGUCAAAUACUGAAGGUGGCGUCGUCGCUGUUUUUGUAAUUUUUGAGGAAAUUUUAAAUAAAAUAUUAGUUUUAAUUAUUUUUAUUGUAUAGUUCCUGUAGAAAUGUGCUUUUAGUUUAUGUUCCAUCAUGUUUUAUCACAUCUCUUUAGAACACGAAAUACUACUACACCCUAGAUAUUUCGGACCCCAGCUCUUGGAUACAGUGAAGCAGAAGUUGUAUACUGAAGUUGAAGGAACAUGCACAGGAAAAUAUGGCUUCGUAAUAGCUGUGACCACAAUAGAUAGCAUAGGAGCGGGCUUAAUACAGCCAGGCCAAGGGUUUGUGGUUUAUCCUGUUAAAUACAAAGCUAUUGUAUUUCGGCCUUUCAAGGGAGAGGUUUUAGAUGCUAUUGUUACACAAGUGAAUAAGGUGGGAAUGUUUGCUCAGAUCGGCCCAUUGAGUUGUUUUAUUUCUCAUCAUUCCAUUCCAGCUGACAUGGAGUUUUGUCCAAAUGUCAAUCCACCCUGUUACAAGAGCAAGCAAGAAGACAAUGUAAUUCAGGAAGAAGAUGUAAUUCGGUUGAAGAUUGUGGGCACAAGGGUUGAUGCCACGGGUAUUUUUGCUAUUGGAACAUUGAUGGAUGACUACCUUGGACUUGUUACACAGUAAAAAAUAAUGUAUACCUACAUAUUUAAUUGUAAGACUCAUAGCAUUAAGUGUAAAAAGGAAUAAAUAAUACAUGAUCCAUUA